GGUGGCGGGAUCGCAGGCCUCACACUUGCCGUCGCACUUGGCCAUUUCGCGAAGAAUCAGGGCAACACCGCUCCGCCCGAAGUGCACUUGUACGAGUCCGGCCCCGAGAUCACCACCGUCGGCGCAGGCAUAUCGGUAUGGCCGCGGACGUGGGCUGUCAUGCGCGCACUCGGGCUGUACGACGACCUCUCUCGCGCCUCGGUGCAGGCGGCGGGACGGCUCCGACUUCGCCCAGAGACUGCAUUCGUAUUCCGGAAAUCAAAUCAGCCGCACGAGGGGUACGAGUUCGGCAGGGCGGUGGUCCCCAACGGCUCGACCACGAUGCACCGCGCCGACAUGGUCGACGUGCUCGUCAAGCACAUCCCGUCCUCCUGCACGAUCCACACCUCCAAGCGCCUCCUCAGCUACACCUCCGCCGCCGCCGACGCGGGCGGCACGCUCGUCUACACGCUCCACUUCGCGGACGGCUCGACGGCCGAGGCGGACGUCGUCGUCGGCGGGGACGGUAUCAAGUCCAAGGUGCGCGCGGCGAUGUAUGACUCUGCGCAUGCGCGCGAUUGUGCGGGGGAUGUGAAGCGCGAGGAGUGCGGGAGGUGCGGGAGGGCGACGCCGAAGUGGACGGGGACGGUUGGGUAUCGGUUCUUGAUUCCAUCGGAGCGCAUGCGCGAGGUGAACCCUGAGCAUCAUGCGUUGAAGGUCACGUCGCCCAUGAGCCACGUCAUCACGUAUCCCAUCUCACACGGAAAGUACCUCAACUGGAUCGGCUUUGUUACGAUCCCGGGAGGUGAGGGCACGACAUACCCCAAGAAAUGGGUCAUCGACUCGACGCAAGAGGAGGUCACCGCGCAUUUCAGCGGCUGGGAGCCCGAAGUUGAUCAGAUGCUUAAGCUCGUGGAGAAGCCGACACUUUGGGCAAUCCAUGUUAUCGAGAAUCUGCCCUUCGCCGUCGAUGGGUGCGUUGCACUCAUGGGCGACGCCGUGCACGCCAUGACCACUCACUUUGGAGCUGGAGGCGGACAGGCGAUCGAGGACGCGUUCAUCCUCGGCCGCCUCCUCGCCGACCCGCGCACGACCCUCCCGCUCGUGUCCCGUGCGUUCCAGAUCUACGAAGACGUGCGGCUCCCGUUCGCGCGCACCGUCGUCAACGACGCGCGCAAGGUGGGGCUCAUGUACGAGUUUAAUUGGCCCGGGCUUUACAACGGCGCGCCGCUCUCCGAAAGUGAGGGAGAGGGCGGGGAGGAUGUGAUGAAGGAGGAGACGAGGCAGCUUGGGGAGCUCGCGGAGGCGAUACAGGAGAUCUGGCAAUGGCAAUGGAAGGAGAAGGUUGAGGACCAGUGGGAGGAGGUUGAUAGGCGGUUUGAGCUGCUUGUUCAGGGGAAGGGCGGGGCGGCUGCAGCGAGCGACGCGAAGAAGGUGCGGCGGCGUUCGUACAAGUGCUUAGUGAUGUAA